AUGGAGAUCUUCGAAAACGCGAGGACGGUCCGGCUGCGGAGCCACCACGGCAAGUACCUGAUGGCGGAGGGGGAUGAGUUCUCGGUCACCCAGGCACGCAACGGCUCCAACCAGCGCACCUGGUGGGCCGUCGAGCUACACAGAUCCCCACCUCGUGGCUGGAGUGGGAGCCCAUCAGGGACGGCCCCCGCGUGCGGUUCAGGUCCCACCUCGGCAAGUUCCUACGGGCCAACGGCGGCCUCCCUCCGUGGCGCGGCUCCGUCACCCACGAUGUUCCCACCCGCGACUGUGUCCUCUGGCACGUCGACGUCCUGGAGACGGAGUUCCGGUCUGAGGUACAGCCCCUCUACCGGUUCUUGGCUCUGCCGGCGAUUUCCAGAUCUCAUCACCGUUAUCUCUCUUUGUCAGACGUCGUCUUCUUCUCUCCUCUCCAUCUUCCUGUCCAAGAGCGACGGGCGGACCAUACGCUACGCCAUUGCCGACGAGGACGGCCUUGUGGACGAGAGGUCCCUGGGGGCUUCGUGCAAGUUCUCAGGAAGGAGCGUGGAGGAUCUCCGCAGAAAGCUGCAGGAGGAGACGGGUGUCUCCGAUGUGCUCGUCUGUUCCCGGAGCCCCUUGACUGGAAGGCUGCAUCCCCUCUUCUGGUCAGCGCCUCGUCCAGAGGUGAUCAUCGCUCGCUCCCGACGAUCUCCUCUUCCGUCCUACUGGUUCUUGUUUCCCUCCGUAAAAUCGAGAUUUUCGCUGAGAGAUCAAUUCUGCCGGGUUUUCUUUCAACGGAUCACCGAUAAAGCGAUGUUUUGCAUGAAUAAGUGGCAUUCCGGCGAUUGGGUUCGCCAUAUUGUCUUGUACGUUAUCCAGAUGAUGAUAUUCUAUAAUCAUGGCCGCCGCGAAGUACUCCCUCACGACUGGUUUGACAUUCUUUCUCCUACAGUGGCGAGGGGUUUCGAGAUUCAUCCAGACUUCCCGUGA